AUGGCCGAUGUCAAAGAGACAGGCGAAGAACUCCAUCUGGAGACUCUCGGUGGAGAAACAGCUCACAUCGAGAAUCGAGACAUCAAAGAAAAGGCUCUGAUUCGAAGAAUCGAUAAGAGAAUGAUGCCACUAAUGAUGCUGCUUUACAUUCUCAAUUAUCUCGACAGAAAUAACAUCGCGACCGCCCGUCUCGGUAACUUCGAAGAAGACAUCGGUCUUGUGGCCGAGCAGUACAACACCGUCAUCAGCAUCUUUUUCGUGGGUUACAUCCUGACUCAGGUACCCACCAACAUGAUCCUAAAUAAGAUGCGACCGUCGAUCUUUUUGCCCUGUAUCAUGGUCUGUUGGGCUACUGUUAGUGCUUGCACUGGUGCUGUGCAGAGCUAUCAUGGGAUGAUUGCUUUGAGAUUCAUCCUUGGAUUUGUGGAGGCACCGUUCUUCCCCGGUGCUUUGUUCUUGUUUAGUUCAUGGUAUACCAAGAAAGAACUUGCAGUUCGCAUCUCGAUUCUUUAUGCAGCUGGUCAAAUGGCUGGUGCAUUUGGUGGUCUUCUUGGAAGUGCAAUAAUGGCUGGUAUGGACGGUAAAGCUGGUUUAGCCAACUGGCGAUGGCUCUUCAUCAUCGAAGGCUGUGCUACUUAUCCCGCAGCUAUCGUUACAUACUUCGUCGUCCCAGACUACCCAGCAACAACAGCGUGGCUCAGCGACGAAGAACGCCGCAUCGCAGUACUUCGUAUGGCCGAAGAUGCCAGUAAGGAAGAUGACCGAGCCGACGUAUCAGCUUGGGAGGGUGCUAGAAUGGCCUUCACCGACCCUGCGCUUUACAUGAUAUGGAUCAUGCAGCUUGGUCUCAAUACAGCAGCAGCCUUUACGAACUUCUUCCCUACCAUUGUCAAGACUCUGGGUUACAGCUCGACUAUCACUCUUCUACUAUCUGCGCCGCCCUAUGUCUUUGCUGCGGCACUGGGUAUCACGAACUCUUGGCAUAGUGAUCGCGUUAAUGAGCGGUGGCUCCAUGUUGUUUGGCCGCAAAUAUUCUGCAGCAUUGGGUUCAUCAUCUCAGCUGUUACCCUCAACACGGCAGCUCGAUACAUAUCGACGUUCAUGAUGAUGUCAGUCUACGGAUCAUUUGGCUGCAUCUUAUCAUGGGUAUCCUCCUCUCUACCACGUCCAUCGACAAAGCGCGCUAUCUCAUACGCUGUUGUCAAUGCUGGUUCCAAUCUCGCGUCUAUCUACGCAUCCUACUUCUACCCUUCAUCUCAAGGUCCGCGAUAUUGGCAAGCAAACGUCGCAAACGUAGCGUUCAGUGGUCUUUGCAUUGCUAUGGCAACUAUUCUAAGAUUUUUCCUGGCUCGGAGAAACAAGAAGUUGGAGAAGGCGAGGGAGCAUGACAUUCAGCAUGAGGGUACUUUGAGUGGUAGCCAAACAAGACUGCUUGCUGAGAAGUGGCAGUGCGGAACUGAGUAUGUUUAUACACUGUAG